CGAGCGCUUAUAGAUGUUUCACGGACGUGUUGAACACUCUCUUUCAAAGUCGUCAAGAUGUCGAAGAGAGGACGUGGUGGUUCGGCGGGAGCCAAAUUCAGGAUAUCCCUGGGUCUACCCGUGGGAGCAGUGAUGAAUUGCGCUGAUAACACUGGGGCCAAAAACUUAUAUGUCAUUGCUGUACAAGGUAUAAAGGGUCGCCUGAACCGUCUACCAGCAGCUGGAUCAGGUGACAUGGUGGUUGCUACAGUCAAGAAAGGAAAACCUGAACUCAGAAAAAAGGUUAUGCCUGCAGUGGUGAUCAGGCAACGGAAACCAUUUCGCAGGAAGGAUGGAGUGUUUAUAUACUUUGAAGACAAUGCAGGCGUCAUUGUUAACAAUAAGGGUGAAAUGAAGGGUUCAGCGAUAACAGGUCCAGUUGCAAAAGAAUGUGCAGAUUUAUGGCCCAGGAUUGCAUCCAAUGCUAGCAGUAUCGCUUAAUCUAUUAUUUAUACUAUUUUACCCUUAAUAAAACAAUCCUAGGCUUGUGCUCAGCAAUUUUUUGUUAUUCAAUUGUUGACCAUACCAUAU